CACACUCAUGCAUAUUCACAUUCAGAACGUCAAACACACACACUCACCGCUCUGUAUAACAGCAUGGGAUGCUGAAGGGAGGUGUUAUUCUUUAGUUUUUGCAGUGACAAGUGGGCUGGCUCCUUGCUGCAGGUGACUGCUACUGUUCAGUCCCGCAGAGCUUUUACACUCAGGUACGGACAUUUUUGCGACUGGUUUCGGCAUUUAUUUUUUCAAAAAAAAGCCUCUGGAAGAUGCAUAAACAAUACAUAUCUGUGAGCCCCACCAAUGACAUCACUGUGAAGACUGAGAAUGGACCUCAACCAAAGAAACACCGCUACAUACGCAAAGAGGGCAGCUGUAACGUGGCCUUUCGCCAUGUUCCCGAGGAGUGCCUGCUGUUUGUGACCGACAUCUUCACCACCUUGGUGGAGAUCAGAUGGAGGGUGAUGUUCCUGAUCUUUGCCUUGUCUUACAUCCUGUCCUGGCUUUUCUUCGGCAUCCUCUACUGGGUCAUCGCUCUCGCCAACGGUGAUACCAGUAACAUGACAAAUGAGCCCUGCAUGUACGAAGUGCACAGUUUCACCGCUGCUUUCCUCUUCUCGCUUGAAACUCAAACAACCAUUGGCUACGGUUACAGAGGAAUGUCCGAGAACUGCAUGACUGCCAUUAUCGUCGUCACUAUACAAGAUGUCAUCAGCUGCUUCAUCGACACCUUUGUCAUUGGAAUUGUUGUCGCCAAAAUGGCCUCGGCCAGAAAGAGGGCGCAGACAGUGGGCUUCAGCAACCACGCAGUCAUCAACCUUCGUGAUGGCUGCUUGUGUCUUUCCUUUAGAAUUGGAGACUUCCGCAGGAACCACCUAGUAGAGGGGACGGCUUGCGCUCAGAUUGUCCGCUCCACGGUGCAUGCCACAGGGAAAAUAGACGUGACGUUUGAAGAUCUGAUCAUCCAGCAGAAGGACAUCAUCCUGGUCACGCCUACUACCGUCUUCCACAAGAUCGACCCCAGCAGCCCUCUGUACAAGAUGAGUUUGGUAGAUCUCAGGAAAGCAGACUUUGAGCUAGUGGUGUCCUUUACCUACACGGACGACCGCAGCGGUAUGCUGCAUCAGACCCGAACCUCGUACACUCCAGCCGAAAUCUACUGGGGCAUGAUGUUCCAGGAGAUGAUCAGGGUCAGCAGGAAGAACUACAGGGUGGAUUACUCCUUGUUUAAUCAAACCGCUAAGGUGCUGGUGCCCGAGGUCAGUGCUGAGGAGUACGAAUACAAGAAGCAGCGGCUGCCCUGUCCCAGAUAUUCCCCUCGAUCUUCACCCGGACCUUCCCCACAGCCAAAUCAUCAUGAAAAACUUCUGAAACCCUCAACAGUAACGGUAGAACUUAUGAAAGAUGGUUGUCCUGAAAUAACAAUUUCAACAUAUCAAGACGACGAUCAAUAUCAAGACACGUUGACUGUGCCCAAUGCCCUCGCAAAUACAGAAAUGUAAAAGCGGAGCCAUGAUGUUUGAGGCGGCCAUUCAUUGAGAGAUUGUGCCGAUUGUCCAUUUCUUCAGAGAAGUCACUGAUAAAGAGUAAUGUUGAGGAUGCCAUUGAAUCUCAAUUACUGUAAGAAUGUUAAAUGGUCUGGCUUCAGUGUUUUAGCAUGUGGUUUUUGUGACACUCCAGCUAUUAAUCUGUCUUUUGAGUAUCAAAGAUUCAACCAUUGAAGGCUUGAAUGAUGGCACCCAUUUACUUCAAGCUUCUUGUAGGCUACUGAAUGGACUUAGCUGUGGUUUUCAAAACAGUACAGGCUUCACAAUGCUUUACAGAGCUCUACCAAAAACUAGUAAUAUACAUAUGCUGCCUCCAUCUGUCCCUUGGUCAUUGCCUUGCAGUUGGUAGCGGUUCCUCAAGUGUCUCACAUUCAAAAUCCCCACCUUCCCAUCCUGAAGACAGAAUGGGUCCGCCUCUGGCACAGCCCUUGGCUUCAUAUUGAGAUCACAUCAGACAUAAAAAUGGCUUUUGUGGGCUUUAGGAAAGUUUUACAAAGAUUAAAUCUACAAAGAGUCCAGAGCCACACUACUGACUCCAUGAGGCUGUAACACAAUGGAAAGUAUAAAUACUAGGUGGAGUGACAACAUCAAACUGCAAAACCCGUAAUGUACAGAGGUUCGCCGUUUGAAAUACAGUACAUUUUAACAAAUUAAGUAUCUAAGGGGUUGUUGUGAUAUUCAGAUUAAGGUUAUUGUAGACCUUAGGGCAAA